AUGAUUGACAGAAGCGAUGAAGGGUUCAACUACAUCGUUGAUAACGAUGUGUACACCGACAGUAAAGUCCACCGGAUUGAGGAAAAUGAUUACAAAAUUGUAGAUUUACAAACAACGCAUUCUAUAGAAGAACAGUUGCAACAAUUCCAACAAUUCACAGAGUUACAACAGUUUCAACAAUUCCAACAACAACAGCAACAACAACAACAACGGCAACAACAACAGCAACAGCAGCAACAACAACAACUCUGUACCUCUAUCGACCUCAACUCAGCAGAAUGGGAGUGUCUCAACCUUUCCACGGAAAAUGCUUUAUCACUACCUAUUCGCAAAUAUCAGGAUAUUUCCCCCUCUGUUUCGAAUCAAACAUUCAACCUGCUGCAUCACCCAACAUUCCACGGAGAAUAUGACACCGAUAACACCGAUUUUUUAGGAUAUGGAAAUGUUGAAAAUUCUCGUGAUAACACGUUUUUGCAUCAUGUUGCAGAAACAAUGAAUCAAGAGAAUAAUAAUGCAAGUUUCAAAGUAAGCAACGAUUUUGUUUUUGCACAUAAUUUGGAUGCCAGCUACUGGGACUAUAUCAUGGAGAAAGAGCAUGGUGCUCACCGGUUUCGUGUCGACUCGGGAAAUAUUGAAGAUAUUGUGAAGGAGGGCGGUAAUAGUGAAUGUGUGGCAUUGAAUGAUGAGAGUGAUGGAGAUGACUCUACCGCCAAAACAUCCAUUCAAAUGCCUUUUGUGGAUAAACAACACCCUAUUAAUGAUUUUUCUCAAAGAGGGAAUUAUAACGAUGAGUUGGAUUUAUACCUCAAAAAUGCAAACACAAACAAUAAUGAUUACAACAAUAACAACGACAACAGCGACAUCAUCAAGUCCAACCACAACUCCAACCCCAGCCCCAAAAUCAAACCCAAAAGUAAAAGCAAAGAUAAAAACAUUUGCAUAAAUAGUAGUGUUGUCAAUAAACAGUAUAUCCAUAAAAACUCUGAUGGGCAUCAUUGUGAAGACCUGGGUGCAAAAAGCGAACGACUCAUCCAAAGUCAACCGAGUUUACAUGGUCUAGGUACACCAACAUAUAGUUUCGAUGCAACUUUCGAUACAUCCUUUGAGUUGCUUGUACCAUCAGCUCAAAGUCAUCCGCACAAUUUGGGCAAUUUGGACAAUUUGGACAAUUUGGACAAUAUGGACAAUUUCAGCAACUUGGAUCAACUCCGUCACUCAACACAUCUGAGUGAACUCAAAUGGCUUGAAUCGAUAAAGCAACUGGGACCGGGUCAAGAACAUGCAAGGGUGGUUGAAGACGACAGAUUUGUAACCUCUUCAGUUUAUGAAUGGCCUGCAGAUGAGACUACUGGUAGCUCUAACCUUACAAAUAGGAUGAAAGUUCGACUCGCAAAUUUGGAACCACGAGCUAUAAGUAACUCAGUUUUGAGAACUGUGCGUGAGGAGUUUAUCAUUCAAGAUUUGUUUCUCAGCGGCGCGUGUCCGCCAACUCCAGAAAUUCCCAAACUGAUACGCAAGAAAUCUGAUAGAGAUGUUGAGUGGACACCAUUGUCCGUAUACAAGGCAUACACUAAUAUCAAGUCACCAACAAAUGGCAAGGAUUCCUAUAACAGGUUGGUUCCGUACAGUUCUUGCAUUGGCACAUUAAACUAUAGACCAAAAGAUCAUGCUGCAUGGAAAAGGUCUCCAAAUCGGCGACAAUAA